AUGAUCAAAGUUGGCAUAAUUAUCGGUGCUGGUUUGUCCUUCGGUUUGGGAGCUGGUUUGUUGUCCUUCGGUAGAGUGAAAGAGGGCGAGCAGGUGGCUAGCUCGUCGAGUUCCCCAAUUCCUGUUGCGAAUGAUGAAAAAUCCCAGGCUCACACGGGCACAGUUGGCCAGUCCAACAGAGAAUCUCAUGAAGUUAAUCUGAAUAAAGAAGCUCACCAGGAUAGUAAUGAAGAAGGAGUGAUGAAGGCUCAAAAGAAAGCGAUAGCUUGUAGCAGUUAUGCUAAUGUGGACAAUCCAAAUAGCCAAUUUCUGAAGGAGCAGAAUGAUAUGAUCACUCCAGUGGUUACACAAAAGGAAGAAUGCUCGGGCAAGAACUUGCUUAUGGAAGAAGGUUGUGCAGUAGAUGACCAGACAAUGGUGGAAGUUUUUACAGAAAGUCCGGGACAGUUAGAUGCAAACCGUGAUGAAGGUCCAAAGGAGAAUCUGAAGGCCAAUGCCCCCAGAGGGUGGAAAAGGGUUAAAAGAACAGAAGGCAGAGAUCAGAGUUGUUCAAAACCUUUGAUUGAGCAUGAAACCCAGGAAUCCCUGAAAAGAAACAGAGAAGCUGCCAUUAAUUCUGUGGAUGAAGAAUCAGUAACUGAAGACUUGAAGAGGACCCAGAAAAAAUCCAAACAUAAUCUGUCCGUUCAACUCCACUGUUCAUAUGUUGGGACUCGAGCACUUCUCGCGGAGUCUUAUGGCGGGUCUCGACGGCGGUGGCCGGUGGUUAUUGUCUGCGAGAGGCGGCGGAUCUCGGUGGCUGACUGCUCAUGGAGGUCGAAAUUCGCUUGGAAGUUGACGGUUGUCCAGUUCGCGGGUAUCGGGUGGUGCGCGGUGGCGGUUGUGGCUGGAGGCGGCAGACGGCGUGGCUACGAAUGGUUCGAUGACCCACAAGAAAAGUCAGUCUCCGUCAACCGCUUCAUACGUCACCACGUUCUCUCUUUCCUCUCCAGACCAUGGCGCCACAAAGGAUCAACAACUCGCCCCAACCUCAACACUACACAACAAAACUUUGUUACCAUAGUCGACCGAACCCUACAAGGAUACGUUGAUCAAAACCUCUCCGUACACAAACUCCAUAUCCACUUAUCCACCAGUCCUAUCUCACCACCUGUCAUGUCCCUUCUUAACAAAUGGCUCUCGAGGAUGACCACCCUUAACAUAAAAGUGUUGAAACUCAACUUUCAGUCACCACCUUGCAAUCUUUCACCAGCUCCGCCGUAUUACGAUUCCCUCGAAGAACUACACCUGCGCAAUUGCAAGCUCAAGAGCUCGGUCGAGAGCAUGCGGUUCAAACAUCUGCGCACACUAACCCUCGAGAAGGUCCAAGUUGAUGGCGGCAUGAUAAUAUUGGGCUGCCCUUUGCUCAGCCGCCUCGUCCUUAAUUGUUGUUGGACGUUGAACUUGAGACACGUUAGGCUGACAUCGCCUGGGCUCAAGCACUUUGAAUUGUGUGAUUACGAGAGGGUCGAAGGGCGUAGCAUCGAAAUAGAUGCCCAGAAUAUUGAGACGGUCUCCAUCAAGGGCCCGUGGAUUUGGUCUCAACGCCAAAGCGCAUUAUUGUUCUCUCGUCUCACGAGUUUGGAUCUCUAUAGUGUGAUCCUGUCUAGCGAAUCGUUCGAUCUGUUAUCGUUUGGCUGCCCCACUCUUGAGAGCUUGAACCUAGAUAAUUGCUCCGGUUUCGAGGAAUUCCAUCUUGCAAGUGAUUCAAUCAAGUUCUUGCACAUCUGUACCACAAAAAUAUUGCUAAAAGGAGUUACGAUUUGUGCCCCGAACAUUGUCCAUUUUGAAUACACUGCCCAUAUUUCCCAGGCGCCGGACACAUUCUCUUUCACGACCACUACUUCCAAGGAGUGGUCCUCAAAAGUAUUCUUCUCUUCACAUAAGAAUGAUCCCGAUUUAGACAUCAAUUCAUGGUUCCUUAAGCUGAGACGAGUGCUAAAGGCACUAAGUGGGUCUUGGAUUUCUCUGUCUUUGCAGAUGGACGUCGGCCUUCAGGACGUGCCCUGUAGCGCUGUUCUGUGUGACGAGCCGCCUGUGGUGGUGCUGAACUUUAUUUUUGAUACUUGUAAGUGUCGCACGGCGGCUUGGCACAUGCGGUUUACGAAUGGCUUGUUUCGUGUUUGUCGACCGAGUCAUGUAUAUGGUUGUAGGGUCGUGAGCGACUCGGAUGGGAACUACAGAUUCUCGGAGUUUGAGUUAAACAUCUUGCUUGCAAACACGAAAGUCAGGACCGAGCACUGCCUUUGGCGGCACGAUUUGGAGCAAGUGUUUGUGGAAAGUCUCGACGGGCAACAAUGGCAGCUCAUGCAGUGGAAGAAGCUGGGGAAGUUGCGAAAACGAACACAAGACAGGAAUAUUCGACUUAGAUUGAAAUGGAGAU